UCAUCUCUCUCUCUCCUCUUCAUCUCUUUCUUUUUCUCCACCUCUUUCUCAAUUAACCCCCCCUCUCUCUUUUAGGCAACCAUGUUUUUAUGGCAGGAGUCAACCAAAUAAAAGCAGCUCCACCAGUCUGUGGGGGAGAAAAGCCGCUGGUUCAAUGAAGUGAUCUAUUCAACUCAGUGUGUUUCUCUCUCUUGCUCUCUUCAUUAAUUACGGACUGUCCUGCCCUUCAUCCUUUCUGUCUUUUGUUUUCUGUCUCUCUUACUUUUUAUUCCCCUCCUUCUUUCUCUGGCUGGCUGAGCCCUGAUAGGGGAUAAAAUCAGGAGUUUGGGAGAGGAGAGGGACAUUUGGGAGCGAGAUGGCGAGUGGGACGGUGGCGUUCCUGUAUGGAUUCCUGCUCCUGUCUCUGUGGAGACCUUCACUGCAAGGAGGUGUGUACAUACCUGCUGGUGUAGGUGAAGGAGCUGGGGCUGGAUUAAGAGCUGGAGGAGCAGGAGGUGUAGGUGGAGCUGGCGCUGGUCCAGGUGGUGCAGGCUUUGGCCCUGGAGCCGGUGGAGGUUACACCAAGCCAGGGAAGACGGGAGCUGGCUAUGGUGGUCAGGUUGUAGGCCAAGGCCAAGGAGGACUGGGGACUGGAGGUCUGGGGGAAAGAAGAGUUAGACCAGAAGGAGCUGGGGCCGGACCAGGAGGUUAUGGACAUGGCGGUGGUUUAGGAGCUAGAGGCCUUGGAGCAGGAGCUGGCAAUGGAGGUCGGAGUCCUGGAGGACAGGGGGCUGGACUAGGAGCUGGAGGUCUGGGAGGAGGAGGUCUUAGACAAGGAGUCAGACCAGGAGGUUAUGGACCAGGUGGAGCUGGGGCUGGACCAGGUGGUUAUGGGCCUGGUGCUGGUCUUAGUCUGGGCGGAGCUGUGGCUGGAGGUCUUGGUGGUGGUUACGGACUUGGCGGUGGUCUAGGUGCCGGAGGCCUUGGAGCAGGAGCUGGAGGAAAGCCAGAGAAGGCAGGAGCUGGCUAUGGUGGUAGAGAUCCUGGAGGACAGGGGGCUGGACUGGGUGUUGGAGGUUUUGGACCAGGUGGCUAUGGACCAGGUGGAGCUGGGGCUGGACCAGGUGGCUAUGGGCUUGGUGUUGGUGUUGGUCCUGGGGGAGCUGGUCCUGGAGUUUAUGGUCAUGGUUAUGGACCCGAUGGAACAGGAGCUGGCUAUGUAGGUCGCAGUCCUGGGGGACAGGGGGCUGGAUUAGGAGCUGGAGGCUAUGGACCAGGUGAAGCUGGACCAGGAGGAUAUGGGCCUGGUUCUGGUGUUGGCCAGGGUGGAGCUGGUCCAGGUGGUUUUGGUGGUGGUCUUGGAGCUGGCGGACAAGGAGACGCCCUUGGAGCUGGGUAUGGAGGCCUCGGAGCUGGGGGACUGGGAUCCAGAGGUUCUGGUCAAGGGGCUGGAGGACUUGGAGCAGGCCAAGGUCUUGGAGCUGGCCAAGGAGAUGGAUACAGACCUGGAGGAGGCUACGGUGGUGCUGCUGGUGGUCUAUACGCUGGAGGGGUGGGGGCAGGCCAGAAACCUCCCAAAACAGGAGCAGGAAGUACACUAGGAGGAGAUGGAUAUGGGCCUGGUGGUGCUGAUGGACAUGGGCCUGGUGGCGCAGGUGGACAUGGGCCUGGUGGCGCAGGUGGACAUGGGCCUGGUGGCGCAGGUGGACAUGGGCCUGGUGGCGUAGGUGGACAUGGGCCUGGUGGCACAGGAACUGGGCCUGGUGGCGCAGGAACGGGACCUAGUGGCGCAGGUGGAUAUGGUCCUGGUGGCGCAGGAACUGGGCCUAGUGGCGCAGGUGGAGUUGGUCUUGGUGGUUUUGGGCCUGGUGGCGCAGCAGUACCAGCUGGAGCACCAGUACUUCCACAGACUGGAGUCCCUGGGGGUGGAGCUAGAGAGAAGAGCGGUUGGAAGGCCAACAAACAAGUGCCAGGUGUUGGAGUACCUGGACUCUAUCAAGGUGGAAUAGUACCUAGUCAAGGUUUCGGAGGGCGUGGGGUUCUACCAGGUGUUGCCACUGGAUCCGGACUUGUUCCCCAGACAGGGGCAGGUGUGCUGAGUCAGGGUGGAGUUGGAGUUGGCACUGGAGCUGGAGGUGGCCGAGGCAGUUUAAAUGGAGUGUUCCGUGGAUAUCCCCUCAUAUCACCUAAAUCUGGAGGGGCUGGAGGCAAAUCAGCUAAUUCCCAGGCCAAGCUUGCUGCUAAAUAUGCUGGAGCUGGAGGUGUACUUCGUCAAGGGGGCAUGGCCGGAGCAGGAGGAGUACCUAGCAGUGUACCUGGAGCAGAUGGGGUCCCUGGUUAUGGAGUUGGUGGUGUACCUCGUCAAGGGGGCAUGGCCGGAGCAGGAGGAGUACCUAGCAGUGUACCUGGAGCAGAUGGGGUCCCUGGUUAUGGAGUUGGUGGUGUACCUCGUCAAGGGGGCAUGGCCGGAGCAGGAGGAGUACCUAGCGGUGUACCUGGAGCAGGUGGGGUCCCUGGUUAUGGAGUUGGAGCUGGAGCUGGUGGUGUACCUGGUUACGGAGGUGGAGCAGGAGGCAUACCUGGAUUCGGAGCCGGAGCAGGAGGCGUACCUGGUUAUGGGGGCGGAGCCGGAGCAGGAGGCGUACCUGGGGCAGGGGGCGUCCCUGGCUCAGGUGGGUAUGGAUACCCAGGGGGUUACCCAGGUGGAGGGCGGUACCCAGGGGCUGGCCUAGGAGUAGGAGGUGCCUACCCAGGAGGAGCUGGAUCUAAGGCAGCCAAAUAUGGUCAGGGUGGAGCAGGCACUGGAGCUGGUGGUGGUCUAGGAGGAGGAGGUCCAUCAGCAGGAGCUGGUGCUGGGCUCAGCCAGGGAGUGCCUGCAUCUGGGAUUGGAACCGGAAGACUGCCUGGUGGGGCUGGAGGGGAACCAGGAGGCGGUUACAGGCCUGGCGGUAGCGUCGGUCCUGGAGGUGGAGUUGGACCAGAUGGGGCCAGUUAUGGACCAGGUGGGGCCGGCUAUGGACCAGGUGGAGCUGGACCUGGUGGCUAUGGACCAGGUAGUGCUGGAAGUUAUGGAACAGGUGGAGGGGUUGGACCAGGUGGUGCUGGGGAAGGACAUGGUGGAGCUGGCUAUGGACCAGGUGGAGCCGGCUAUGGACCAAGUGGAGGAGUUGGUGGAGUGCCUGGUGGUGGACACAGACCCAGAGAUGGUUUACCUGGUAGUGUUGCUGGUUACGGACCUGGUGCUGGUGUUGGAGGAUAUGAUGCAAAUGCCAAAGCUCGUAAAUAUGGUAUGCUAAGUGGUGUCCUUGGGACCCCAGGAGGAGGACAGGCAGCCAGCCUGGGAGGAGUACCAGGAGGGGGAGCAGGGACUGGAGUAGGCCAGGGGGGAGUGCCCAGAUCUGGGCUUGGUGGUGGUGGAGGUUUCCCUGGUGGUUAUGGUCCUGGUUCUGGAUAUGGACCUGGCCGUGGAACCGGUGGUGGUUAUGGACCAGGAGUGGGUGCUGGGACUGGACUUGGCCAGGGAGCAGGGCCUGGAGCUGGGCUUGGUGCUGGUGGAGUGCCUGGUGGUGGAUACAGACCCGGAGGUGGUUUACCUGGUAGUGGUGCUGGUUACGGACCUGGUGCUGGAGGAUAUCCUGCUGGGGCUAAGUCACUGAAAUACGGUCCAGGAGGAGGUGGAGGAGCUCCGGGUGGAGGCCUUGGUGGGAGAUUCGGUGCCUCAGGAGGUCUGCCAGGAGGAGGCUACGGACCAGGGGCAGGAGGCGCCUUAGGAGCAGGAGAAGCAGGGGCCGGAGGAAGAGUGCCUGGGGGUGGAUACAGGACUGGAGCUGGGCCUGGUGCUGGGUAUGGAGCAGGAACAGGGCCUGGAGCUGGGUAUGGUCAGGGAGCAGGAGGAGUCCCUGGAGGAGGAGUCCCUGGAGGAGGCUAUGAAGCUAGGGCAAGAGCAGGAGGAGUACCUGGGGCUGGAUAUGGACCUGGAAGAGGAUAUGGUGCCGGAUCAAAAGCUGCUAAAUACGGACAAGGUGCUGGUGGGGCCGGUGGGACCCUUGGAGGAGGAGCUGGACAAGGAUUCGGAGGGGUACCAGGUGGCUAUGGACCAGGUGGCUAUGGAGCCGGACCAGGUGGCUAUGGAGCCGGACCAGAUGGCUAUGGAGCCGGACCAGGUGGCUAUGGAGCCGGACCAGGUGGCUUUGGAGCCGGACCAGGUGGCUAUGGACCCGGGGGCGGAGCAGGAUCAGGAGGGGUGCCAGGCUACGGUACUGGAUCUGGAUUUAAGGCAGACAAAUACGGACCAGGUGGGGCCCUUGGUGCUGGGGCAGCUGGAGGUGCAGGGGCUGGGACCGGAGCUGGGACAGGUGCUGGAGGAGGUGCAGGACCUACACCUGGCCCUGGCACAGGCACAGGAGCAGGAGGAGAUGACACUGUGACAGGAGCAGGAGGAGACGGUACUGUGAUAGGAGCAGGAGGAGAUGGCACUGUGACAGGAGCAGGAGGAAACAGGACAGGCGCAGGAGGAGCAGGCACUGGAGGUGAGCCUGGUGGUGCCGGUGGGGUUCUAGAAGGAUCUGGAAGUUCUGGUGGCCCAGGAGAUGGUACCGGCCUCACAGCUGGUGCUGUUGGAGGAAGGGUGGGAGACACAGGAAUCCCUAUCAUUGGAGGAAAACCAGAUAAAUCGGGGCUUGGAGGGACAGCAAUCCCAGGUGGAAUUGCAGUGCCAGAAACUGGGGCUGGAGUUGUUCGACCCAGUGCUGGGGCUGGAGUUGAUGGGGUAGGAGUUCACUCUGGAGGUUCGGGAACAGGCAUCGGUAUUGGUGCCGGCGGAAAACCCUCUAACGAAAGACAAGCAGGUGCUGGUUCUACAGGUGCUGCUAUCGGUGAUAUCACUGGAGGGGGGAGACUACCUGGCACUAAACCUCUGAAGGCUCCAAGAGGAGAUACACCUGGUGAAGGAGAGGGAGAUGCAGGAGGAGGAGCAAGAGGUGUUGGUGGAGGUCCUGAUGGUGCAGGAGGAGCAGGCAGUGGAUCUGGCGGAGUAGGAAGAGAUGGUGAUGGUAUAGGAGGAGGAGGAGGACCAGGAGGAGCAGGCAGUGGAUCUGGCGGUGUAGGAAGAGAUGGUGAUGGUGAAGGAGGAGGAGGACCGGGAGGAGCAGGGGGGAAAGACGGUGUUGCAGUUAGAGUGGGAGGAAGUCCUAACGGUGCAGGGGGAGCUGGAGGUUCAGGAGGUGGAGGAGCAGGAGUAGAACCUGGAGGAGUUGGAGGAGGUGCAGGACCAGGCAGGAGUGACAAACCACCCAAAGGUUAUGGAGCAGGUGGAGCUGGCAGUCUGGGUGCAGGAGGUGCUGGAGGAGCAGCUCUGGUCCCUGGGACUGGUGGUGCCGGUGAUGUAGGAGCUGGAACCCCCAAACCAGGAAAAAGAUAUGGUGCUGGCCAAUUUGGAGCAGGAGGACGAGGUCCUGGAGGAUAUGGUGCCGGACCAGGCGGAUACGGAGCCAGUCCUGGAGGAUAUGGCACUGGACCCGGUGGUUAUGGGGCCAGACCCGGUGGUUAUGGUGCUGGUCCAGGCGGUUAUGGUGCUGGUCCAGGUGGUUAUGGUGCUGGUCCAGGCGGUUAUGGGGCUGGAGCUGGUCCUGGUGGCUAUGGUACUGGGCCAGGUGGCUAUGGUGCUGGGGCUGGGCCUGUAGGAUAUGGAUCCAAGCCAUACAAGACUGGAGGUGCUGGAGCCGGUGGUGUUGGUGGAGGUCUGGGUGGAACUGGUAGCCUGGGUGUCAUAGGAGCCGGAGCAGGACCAGGAGGAGUAGGUGGAGGUCAAGGAGGAGGUCUAGGUGGAGGUCAAGGUGGAGCUGGACCAGGUGGCUAUGUACCAGGUGGAGUUGGUAGCAGAUACCCCACAGGUGCUGGAACUGGUACAGGAACUGGCACUGGAAAACCACCUAAAAGCUAUGGGAGAGCUGUUGGAGAUGGAGAUGGGCUUGGUGGUUAUGGUGGCGGACCAGUUGGUUAUGGACCAGGAGGAACUGGGGCCGGACUAGGUGGGGCUGGGGCCGGGCAAGGUGGAUACGGUGCCGGACCUAAAGGUUAUGGACCAGGUGGUGCAGGGCCGGGAGGAAUUGGGGUCAGACCAGGUGGAGCAGAGGCCGGACCUGGUGGCUAUGGUGCUGGGCCUGGAGGUUAUGGGUCUGGGGCUGGUCUUGGACCUGGCGGAGCUGGUCCUGGAGGUUAUGGGGCUGGACCUGGUGGCUAUGGACCAGGUGGAGUUGGAUCUCAUAAAUAUGGUAUGCUAAGUGGUUCCCUUGGAGGGGGACAAGCAGCUGGCCAGGGAAGAGUGCCAGGAGGGGGAGCAAGGACUGGGCUUGGUCAGGGAGGAGUGCCUGGAGGGGGAGCAGGUACUGGGCUAGGCCAUGGAGGAGUGCCUGGAUCUGGGCUUGGUGGUGGUAGUGGUCCCGGUGCUGGGUAUGGACCUGGCAUUGGAACUCAUGGUGGUUAUGGACCAGGAGGUGGUGCUGGGACCGGACUUGGUCAGGGAAGAGCCGGGGCUGGACCAGGUGGCUAUGGACCACUUGGAGCUGGGGCUGGACAGGGAACUGGAGCUGGAGGGUAUGACGCAAAUGCAAAAGCUCGUAAAUAUGGUAUGCUAAGUGGUUCCAUUGGAGGAGGACAAGCAGCUGGCCAGGGAGGUGUGCCAGGAGGGGGAGCAAGGACUGGGCUUGGUCAGGGAGGAGUGCCAGGAGGGAGAGCAGGGACUGGACUAGGCCAGGGAGGAGUGCCUGGAUCUGUGCUUGGUGGAGGUAGAGGAGUCCCUGGUGGUUAUGGUCCUGGAGCUGGAUUUGGACCUGGUGGUGGAACUGUUGACGGUUAUGGACCAGGGGGGGGUGCUGGAACUGGACUUGGCCAGGGAGGAGUUGGGUCCGUACCAGGUGGCUACGGGACUGGGCCUGGUGGUUAUGGACCAGGUGGAGCUGGACAGGGUGCAGUGAAGCCAAACAAAUCAGGUUAUGGCUCCUCCUCCUUGGGUGGAGCUCUCUUUGGACCAGGUGUUGGAGCAGGUGGGGUACCUGGUGCUGGAGCUACCGGGCGAAGAGGAGGAGUUCCAGGUUAUUAUGGCUCCCAGGGUGGAGCUGGCUAUCAACCAGGAGGCUACGGAGUAGGAGAAGUGGGACAAGCAGGGCAGAAAUCGAAGGCACAGAAGGCAGCCAAAUACACAGCCAUGCAAGGCUUCCUGGGAGCACGCAGCUACAGAGGGGGCGCCGACUGCCAGGGUAAAUACUGCGGACGGAGGUGGAAGUGAGAGCAGCAAAAAGAAGUGACCUCAUCAACAACAUUGUGGUGCUACUGCAUGAUUCCAGAAUGUACUGAUUUUCAACUACUAAUAUGUCCCUUUUUUUUCUUUUAAAGUGUGAAUCUCGGGCAAUGGCAAAACCAGAGCCUGUUUGAUCUUUUAUUCUGAAACUGUGAUGUGUUAAUUGUUCCUCACCUGUACCCCUUUAGCCCCUCCUGUGUACCCCUUUACCUCCACCCCCCUUAACCCACCUGUGUACCCCAUUUACCCAUUUAGCUCCACCAUGAGUUAUGUUUGUUUAAAACACUGAUACUAAGGCGUCCCACAACGGAGUGCCUCUAGACCUGUCUGUAUGCUGACUGUCUGUUUUCUGAUUAAUGUGACUAACAUCCCUCUACGAAGCUAUGCUAUUGACACACAGGCCCAGACUUACUCAACAUUUGCACCUGCACUUUUCAAUACACCUAGUUUUUGUUCAAGGUGUUUAGUAGCAAACAUUUACAAAAUCUGGCCCAAGGUGUCUUGAGAUAUAUACAUACACUGCUGGUAUAAAUUAAAAUCAUAGGAGAUAUCUUUAGAGUGGUAAUUUUACAACCACCAUUUUUGAUUUAUAACUGUGUCCACUCUGAACCCUCAAAAGCAGUGUGUGUCCACAGCAAUGCUCAUGUUCUAACUGCUUCUAGUUUCGGCAGUUCUCAAAAAAAGGGAGCUUAUUGCCCUUAGAGCCAUUAGUAAAGGUUUUAAGAUUGUAUAUGCAGUCGUUUAUAAUGCCUUUACAGAAUAUAUAGUAAGGUUUUAAUAAGCCACUUGCCUGAAAUAUUAUCAACAUCUUUCUGAAUGGCUGUAUAACACUGAAUUGCUGUGAGUGUUUUGAACACUUAAUCACAUCGAUAUGACCGUGUUAGUACAGCCAUAGUUGAGAUGACUGAAAAUGUGCAAACGUAUAUUUUCUAUUUAAAAUCCUCAUAUUGGCUUUACCGAGAGCAACAGUACCUACAUGUACAUUUGCAGUUGAUUAAAACUAAUAUUAUAAUCAUGCUGAUCGCCACAGAUUGGCCUGUUUUCAGACCUAUCACCGUAAAACAUAAUUCUGUUAACUCAAAUUAUUUGAGAAAACUGAUUGCCUUGACUCAUUCAAUUAAAGGAACACAUUUUUUGUAAGUUACCAGUACUCAGUUCAUUUAGUUUUAGUGACAUAGACGGUUAUGUUAUACAGUGAACUGUAGAGAGCAUAUAGCUGCAGACUGUUGACAAAAGCCCAAAUUAAACGAGACAUGUUUUUUUACGCGCGUGAAUUCACGCAGGAAAUAGAAUGCAUGGGAGUGAAUGAGAGACAGAUUGGCCUCAACAGCGUCAAUCCACAUCAAAUUAGAAAGCAAGUCUAUUUCUCUCCACAUCUACACGAAGCAAUGCUGGUAAAAUUAGCAAAUAAAUUGCCAGAAAAUAGACUGUUUGCAUCGUUAUGUCUGGAAAUGUGAAAUGUAUAGUUUAAAAGUGUCUAUUUAGUGUUGAUAAGUUUAACUGCCAAUACAUAUUUGAAAACAAUGGCAUGGGAUUUCGAUCACAGGCAUAUAGCCUAGGCCAGGGGUCUCCAACCUUUUCUAGCCUGAGUUACUUUAAAAAUAAUUAAACAUGUCGCUUCUCUUCUCCUCUCCCAUUCAACUCUUCCUCAGGUCCUUAGUGUAUAAGAGAAAGUAGUGCACUGUUUUCUGUCAAUAUACCUGGUAAAAUAAUUAUUAAUAAACAACUCUAAGGGGAUCCCUAUAAAGUCUGAUUUUCUUUCUCAAAUUAUGUUUUCAAUUUCCCAAAAUACGUUCUCUGUUUUAUGUUUUCUGGUUUAAGAUUGUUUUUGAUUUUACUCUCAAAAUUACAAUUGUUCAUAGAGAAACAACAAAAUAGUUUGUUCUGAGUCCAUGUCAUGGUUAAAUCACAUCAGGAUACCUUUUUUGGGUGGGGUCUGGAGGAAAACAAAUAGAUUUCCCCUUUAUUGUGCAUCUAGCGAGUAAGGAAUGUGCUGUCUAAUGUGCCAGUCUAGCGAUGGUUCUGUACUGCUGCUAAUUUCAUGGCAAAGUUAGUAAAUAACAAAUAGAUACAAAUGAUAUACUUACUUAUGAUAAACUUCUGCCAGGUAAGCCUACUUUGCAGUUAACAUUUAAUUGAGAACUUUUUAGGGAAAGCAUUUCUGUCAGCCCACAAGACGGUUAUCGCAUCAACUGGCUAUACACACAGAGUGAUAGACAAACGCGCCACACCAUAUACAGUAGACAGACGGGCAAUACUACCGGAAAUUAAUUGGCAGAUAUUGUUUAAGGUUUUAUUUUUUAUGCCAAUAGUGGCUAACAAGGGCUGGGAUAAUGUCAAUGUUGUGUUGAUUAGAUAGGUGGGAGCUUGCAGUGCCGGAUACUUGGGAGAUUUGUUUAUGACAGUUUGCGAUGGAACACAUGACCAAUUGCAUAUGCUUUCAGAAUUGUUUGGUGAGCUACUCAUAGGUGAGCUGCGAGCUACUGGUAGCUCAUGAUCAACCUGCUGGAGACCCCAGGCCUUGGCAGACUACGGCUGGGAAACUCGAGGAACUACGAUUUCAAGAGAGAAUACUAUUAUGUAGGAAGAACGAGACUAGCUAAAUUCCUUAUAGACUGCUCAGGUUUAUUAGCUACAACUCUCAUGUUCAUGAAUAACAAUUAUUUAGCCUGUGCAGGCAGGUACGGUGGCUCCCAUAGGACAUCUAAGAUGAAUCAAAAGGAACACACAAAAAUAGUUCCCAGGUGCUAUAUAGCGAACAUAACAAAUACAACUGUUUAUUAUGGAUUAUCAUGACGAUUACGUUGACGUACACUACGCAGUAUAUGUGAAUUGACGCUCGCCUCUCGCAAGCAAAUUUCACACGGUUGACAGGCAUCUCCUGGUGUGAUUUCGGCUUAACACUGAUGCAGUUCAAGUCUUUUCACUCUGAAUUUAAACUAUUUGUUUACUUUAGCUUUUUAAAUUAUGAAGAAAAAAUGCUAAAACAUUUUUGUAGUCUUUAUUAACCUACAAUUUCAACAAUGUUUAGUCUUCUGAUUUAAAAAAAUGAAGUGCUUUAUUUUUUUACAUUGUCUUUGCUCUGUAAUGCUAGUGUUACCUGAGGUGUCAUGUUACAUGUUUAAUGAAACUUUGUAAUCUUGAGUUAUCAUCUAUGGGCUCUAGUGUUUAUAUCAUUAAGCCCAGACAGACAAAGAACAUCUGUGUUUUACCUUAGAAGAGAAUUAUGCACUUUUUUUCCCACACAGUACACAGUUUUUAAAUAAAGAAAUUACCUGAA